CUUGAGCUGCACCGAUGGAUUCGUUCCGGAGGGGGGCAGCAAUGCAUCGUAAUGGAGGCUGUGAAACCCCGGAAGAAGAAGCAGAAGAAGAAGAAGCUCAGUGUUAUUAGUAGAAAUGAGCUAUGAAGAGGAUUAUUGUGUCUAACUGGCGCAGUACUGCUUUAGUUUUAACCGGAUGUUUGAUCGUUUUCGUUGUUUGGAACUUCCGGGGUUAACACGUCACGCCGCCUUCUCGGUCUACCGUUAACGGUGCUCGUCUCGGUCCGUUUCGCAAGGAGGAUGUCGGACCAGACGCUGGAGUAUUUCCUCCGCCUGGGUCGGAUCAGGGGGAGGGACGCUGCCGAGGUCCGGUGGUCGCACGCGGUGAACAGCAGCAGCCGACUGGCCGAGGCUCUGACAGGUCCCAAUCAUAUGAUUGAGGCUGACGUAAUAAUCAGAGGUCGUGACCCCAGGGAGCCCAUCAUGGCACAUCCCCCUGACACAGACAGUGAUAUCACACUGAAAGAGUGGCUGGAAGGAGUGAAAGAUUACAACAAGGGGAUAAAACUAGAUUUCAAAAGCCUGGAGGCAGUGUCUCCCUCUGUCAUCUUGCUGGAAGAGGUGUAUCGGCUGAACCGUCCCGUGUGGAUCAAUGCAGAUAUCCUCUCUGGUCCUGGGGGACAGGCCAGACCUCUGGAGCCCCAGGCUUUCCUUUCUUCGGUGACAACUCUUCCUCCUCACACCGUGCUUUCGCUUGGCUGGACUACUGGAUGGACCGCUGGGACAGAAAACAAAGGUUACAGCUGGGACAUGGUGUGUGCGAUGGAGGACAUAUGUAAACCCCUUAAACAUCCAGUCACCUUCCCAGUGCGAGCAGCUCUCCUGGCCCAGUCGUUCUCCCAGCUCUCAUGGCUGCUCCAGCAGUCAGACAGGUACACCCUAACAGUGUGGACCGGCCAGAGUGACAAGUUCACACUACAGGACUUACUGCCCUACAAAGAAGAACUGGACAUCAGUAGGAUCUACUAUGACCUAGGAGGACUCUCGAACGACAGAGCUCAUUAGGACAUUGCAAGACAAUUACUGACGUUGAAUGGCUCUAGUUUCUUGUAUGCAUUCCUUCGUCGGUACGAGGACCCUAAUUACACAUUGUUAAACCACGCUGGAUUUCUUUUUACAAAAAGUGCGUAUUUAUCAACUAAAUUACAUAUUUUUGUGGCAGUUAAGCAGGUGAAUAGGGAAGACUAAUGGAGGAUUAGCAGCACCGAGAUACACAGAGCAACCUCACAGAAAUAUUGAGAGAUGAAGGGGACCUCAACAAUGGAUCUGAACACGCCCCGAUUUAGACAUACAGUUCUCCAUAUUGUUAUUGUCACAGCACAUAAUAUCUUUUUUUAAGGCCUUAAGAUGUUUUUUUUAUUUUUUUUUAUUUUUUAUUGUGUAACAAUUUUGUUCUAUAAGAAUGAACUGCAAUAUUACAGUUUUUCCUAUUAAUAUUGCAGUUAACUCACAAUCCAUGUCUAUGUCACAUAUAGGGUAACCUACAAAUAUCUAUAUAUAGUUUAUCUGUAACAAAGGCCCAUCACUUGUUUGCACUUUACAACAUCUCCACCAGAGAGCGCUCUGUUCAUUUGAAAGCCACCCAAGUGCAAUGAGCCUGUAUGAAUUUGGUCACAUCAGGAGUCUUCAAGUCAUUAAAACCGUAUUUGAUACAACACAUGUUUCCGUUCAAAAGUAGACUACAUGACCUUCAGAGAUGGGCUGAUGUUGCUGCUGGAUGGCGGGCAUUGGAAAGACAACUGGCGUGACAGGGCCUCUGUGGAAAAUGGGACUUUAUUGACUACACACAAAUUACAACAAUGUCAAUUAUGAGGCUGAUGGUGACGGUGGACGGUGCAGUCAGUUCCACGCUGCUGGUCUGACCUUGACAAUCAGAUCCCCCUGCAGGCAAAGAUCCAUAUCACAUUACUGCUGUGGAACCGGUUCAAAUCCAUCUUUUUAAUUUGACAGAAUUAACUCUUAACAGUCUACUGUUUCAGUCUUAAUUCAAAAAACAUUUAAUCUCAAUUAUAGAUUAAUUCAGAUCCAAUUAUUGAUCCCAAAUACUCGAUUUAAGGAGCCUACAAAUAUGUAAAAGUGUUCCAUUGAUCCCCCUUUGGGAUUAGUUUUUCAAAUGUUUAAAAGUCUGCAUACUUCCUAAAUCCUUGUACCAUUCUCAGAUAGUUUUUUCUCUGUUCCUUAUCUUUAGUGCAAUCAUUCCUGUAUAAUAAAACACGAGUCAAAACAGAA